UCCUAUAUCAGCCACAUGGUGCGGGUAGCGGCUUCGGCUCGGCAAGGCGGGAGAGGAGGAGGAGGAGAUGGGGCAGGAGGAGGACGCGCAGUCGCUGGCGCUCACGCCGACGUGGGUGGUCGCCUCCGUCUGCCUCGUCAUCGUCGCCAUCUCCCUCGCCGCCGAGCGCCUGCUCCACCGCCUCGGCAAGGUGCUCAAAUUCAAUGGCCAAGAAGCACUAUUUUCAGCCUUGCAAAGAGUCAAAGAAGAGUUGAUGAUUCUGGGUUUCAUUUCCUUCCUACUAAGCGUCUGCCAAAAUCUCAUCAAUCGCAUUUGCAUCCCGGAGAGUGCUGCACGUAUCAUGCUUCCAUGCAUUGAAGAGUCCAAAGCCAGAGAAGAUGCUGCCAAACUCUGCAAGAGAAAGGGUGAAGUUCCCAUGCUAUCUGAAGAGGCUCUGCAUCAGCUGCACAUCUUUAUCUUUGUACUUGGUGUGGUGCAUGUUCUGUUCUGUGUUACAACGCUGUUACUUGGUGGAGCUAAGAUGAGAACGUGGAAUAAAUGGGAGAAAGAAAUUCAACAAGGAAGAAUCAAGGAGCGUGAAAAGACGCCAGGCUGGAUGAAACCAUCUGCUGUAAGAUGGAUUAUUGCAUUCUUCAAGCAGUUUUAUAAUUCUGUCGGUAAACCAGAUUAUCAAGUACUCAGAUCAGCUUUUGUUCUGCGCCACUACCCAAAUCGCCUAGACUUUGAUUUCCACAAGUACAUGGUUCGUGCCCUCGAGCAUGACUUCAAAGAAGUGGUUGGAAUCAGCUGGUACCUAUGGCUUUUCGUUAUCGUCUUCCUGCUGCUGAAUAUAAAUGGGUGGCACACUUAUUUCUGGCUGUCUUUCUUGCCCUUGAUUCUUCUGCUUAUUGUUGGCACUAAGCUGGAGCACAUCAGCACUCGAUUGGCUCAAGAAGCAGCGGAGUGUUCCGAUGAAGCAUCAGGAAACCCCUGGACGAAGCCAUGCAAGGAGCACUUUUGGUUUAGCCAUCCUAGGGCUGUCCUCCAUCUGAUCCAUUUCAUCUUGUUCCAGAACUCGUUUGAGAUGGCAUUUUUCUUCUGGGUCUUGGCAACAUAUGGGUUCGAUUCAUGCAUCAUGGAGAACAGAUCAUAUGCCCUCCCCAGACUUGCUAUUGGCAUCAUCGUUCAGGUGCUCUGCAGCUACAGCACCCUGCCGCUGUACGCCAUUGUCACCCACAUGGGCGGCGACAUCAAGCUGCAGGCGUUCGGCGAGCACGUACACGUGUCCGUGCACAGCUGGGCGACGGACGUGAAGAAGAAGGCGACGUCGCUGCCGGCCCAUCCGCACCCGCACCAGCACCAGCACCCGCACUCGCACCUCCGGAUCCCGUUUCUCAGCAAGAAGAGGCACAGCGGGCGCGGCCCCGCAACUGAGGAGGCCGCAGCGGAGGCGAGGGCGACGGAGCAGCGCGCCGGGAGCUCCAGCACGCCCAACGCACCGCCGCAGCAGCGGGCCGACGACCUAGAGGAGAUCGUGACGACCACGGAGGACGACCAUCGUCGUCGCAACGCCAGUUUCUCGUAGCUGCGUACAUGCUCGCGUUCCUAAGUCCUAACGGUAGGCCGGGCGCGUCGGCCGUGUCUCGCUGUGACGCCCACGUCUUCAUCCGGCCGGCCGGCCCUUGUCGAAGCUACGCUGUUGCCGCCGGCGAGGCGCCGACGUCGUCAACGUGGCAUGCUAGCUCUGAAGCCUGCAGGUUAGAUAAACUACUUAGCAGACUAGCUAGGACAUGUUGCUACUGGACCGUCGCGCGAUCUCAACACUUCGAAACUUUUGACAAUAUAAUAUCGCCUCGUAUUACCUUA